UUCCUAAUCUGCAGAGGGGCCAUGAGGAAUAUAAGAAGUCCGGUCAGCCCAGCCUGGCCCUCAGAGCCAACCUAGCAUAGAGACCCACACAUCUGCUAGAGAGAGCUGCGCUCAGCGCCCACGCCCACUCUUCUGGCUAGCCUUCACCCAAGCAGCAGAAGAGGACUUCAGAGAGGGAUUGAACACAUAAGCAGCUGCACACAUCAACCAGCUAACUAAUAACCAUGAAUCUCGAGGUCCCCAAGUUGGAGAUCAAGUCUGCCACCCGUGUCACUGGAGGCCCUGCAACACCACGCAAAGGACCCCCUAAAUUCAAGCAGAGGCAGACUCGCCAGUUCAAGAGCAAGCCCCCCAAGAAGGGAAUCCAGGGCUUUGGCGAUGACAUCCCUGGAAUGGAGGGCUUAGGCACUGACAUCACAGUAAUCUGCCCCUGGGAGGCCUUCAACCACCUGGAGCUUAGUGAGCUGGCCAAAUAUGGUAUCAUCUAAGUCAUCCAGACCUUCACCAUCCAUCCCACAGUCCUCUGCAUCCACCUCCAUCUACUUCAAGCCAUGCAUGUGCCUCGAGCACUCUCACUGGGUUUGACUAGAACUUUCAAACAUAAACCAAAGAAUAAAUAAAGAAAGAAAGAAAACGUUACAAAAAAGAACCGUCUAAACUCUUAUCUAGAACCUAAAAGGGUUCUACUGCUGUUUCCGUUGUAGAACGCUUUGUAGACCCCUUUUUUGCUACUAGGUAAAAACCCUUUUAGUUCCAGGUAGAAAGAACCCUUUUGGGUUUCAUGUAGAACCCUUUCCAUAGAGUAUUCUACAUGGAACCCAAAAGGGUUCUAUUUCUACCUGGAACCAAAAAAGUUUCUCUUUGGCUAAAAAACCCUUUUGGAACCCUUUUUUUCUAAGAGUGUAUCCAUCUUUCACUGGUUUUGUUUCUGCUGCCAACGUUCACAUCAUACAAAAUGUCUGCUCAUGA